AUGGGAUUCGCAACCAGCAAGAAACUCUCAGCCACCUUGGCAGCAAUGCCUUUGUUGGCUCUUGCGGCCAGUGACAAGACCGGCAUCAAUUCGCAGGUUCGUCUGGCCUAUCAUGGCGACAACGGCAUGAUGGUGUCGUGGAACACCUUCCAGCAGCUGAGCAAGCCUACUGUCCAUUUUGGUCUGUCGCCCGACAACCUCAACGAGACAGUGUCGUCCGCCAUCUCAGUCACUUACCCAACCUCAUUGACAUACAACAACCAUGUCCUCCUGACCGGCUUGACGCCCGACACAACCUACUACUAUUCUCCUUCGUCCUUGGUCGACCAAGCUCCAUCGAAGCCCUUCAACUUCACCACCAGCAGAGUUGCCGGUGACAAUACUCCUUUCUCCGUCGCUGUCGUCAUCGACUUGGGCACCAUGGGUGCUCGCGGUCUGACCACCAGCGCAGGCAAGGGUGUCGACCAUGGCAACAUUCUCGCACCCGGCGAGACAAACACCAUCCAGUCGCUGACCAAGUACCAGAAUGAGUACGAGUUCAUCUGGCACCCUGGUGACAUUGCCUAUGCCGACUAUUGGUUGAAGGAGGAAAUCCAAGGCUUCUUGCCCAAUACCACCAUUGAAGAAGGGGCCAAGGUCUACGAGGCGAUUCUCAAUGAUUACUAUGACCAGAUGAUGGCUGUGACCACCACAAAGCCGUACAUGGUCGGUCCUGGUAACCACGAGGCCAAUUGCGACAACGGCGGAACUACUGACAAGACUCGCAACAUUACAUACACCUCGGACAUUUGCGUCAUGGGCCAGACCAACUUCACCGGAUUCAAGAACCACUUCCGUAUGCCAAGCGAUGUCUCCGGCGGUACUGGAAACUUCUGGUACUCGUUCGAUAGCGGCAUGACGCAUUUCAUUCAGCUCGACACUGAGACGGAUCUGGGCCACGGUCUCAUCGGCCCCGAUGAGGUGGGCGGCACAGAGGGGAUCAAUGCCGACCCCGUCAACGCCACCAUGAACGCUCAAACCAAAUGGCUCGAGGCCGACCUUGCUGCGGUCGACCGUGCCAAGACUCCCUGGGUCAUCGUCGCCGGUCACCGACCCUGGUAUCUCAGCCACAAGAACACCACGGGAACAAUCUGCUGGUCCUGCAAGGACGUCUUUGAGCCUUUGUUCCUGAAGUACAGCGUCGAUCUAGUCCUGUCCGGCCACGCCCACGUCUACGAGCGUCAAGCCCCCAUCAACAACGGCGUCUACGAUACCGCGGAGUUGAACAACCCUAAGGCGCCCUGGUACAUCACCAACGGUGCCGCCGGUCACUAUGACGGUCUGGAUGCCCUCAGUUCCGACCGUAAGAACUACAGCCGUUUCGGUCUCGACACUUACAACGCUACCUACGGUUGGUCGAAGCUGACAUUCCACAACUGCACCCACUUGACCCACGACUUUGUCGCCAGCAACAACGGCAGCGUCCUAGACACGGCUACGCUGUUCAAGAACCGCAACUGCAGCACCGGCAGUGUGACCGGCAGCAAGCCGAGCAGCACUGGCGGCGCCACCGGUGCAGCGAGCUCCACUGCUUUCCCUGGAUCUGCCACUGCUGUGACUGUGUCUGGCAGUGUCUGGACCAUCUUGGCGGCUGCUGUGGCUGUCUUCGCCUUGUAA